AAUCUUUCUACUGUGCCUCCUUCGAUUAGCGCUAUCACACGCUGCUGCCACGCUAAUUAGUGUCAAUUCUACAACUCACUCGCGAAAACAAAGCACCAAGCCCCAUUCUCUGUGCCGCCAUUUGUUCCCGUUUCGCUCCACUUCUUGCCCGGAGGCCGUGAUGACCUGCAAACCGUCGUCGCAUCGCAUCGCUCUGUCUUCAUCGUCGUCUCCGUCAGCAAUCAUCCCAGCCCAGCUUGUCAUCAUUCUGCUUUUGAGCUUCAAGCUGAAGGUUUUCCUUCUUCUGUGUCUAUUGUUUCGCUGUUGCGACUACAGUCGAUUCUUUCACGUGGAGUCGAUAUCAUCGACGUGAAAACGAUUUUCCGGGCUACUAUGAUCUACCCAAAUAAUGACGUUUGUCUGUACGCCACCACCUGCUCGCUCGGACACGCUGUCGGGUGUCCUUCAAAGUCGGCGUGCAACGUCUCAUCCCUUGUCCAAGUUUCGGCUUCGUCCUCGCCUACUACUCUUCGCCUUUCAACUUCCGAGAUCGAUUUGAAAAUUGAGUGUCAAAUUCGUUUCCGCUGACCCAUUGCCGAACGAAAUUAAAACGCUUCGUUAGCUGCUAACCAUCUCUCUCUCUCCCUCCAGGAUCCGGACCGAGCCUUUUCUCGGUGAUUAUCGAUCCGGUUCCUCUGGUUUUCUGGUGCCUCUGCCUCUGCCUGUGGUGGUACAGUUCAUUCACGUAAAAUACCCGUUUUCACGCGCAACGGCAGGCGAGGCGCAAGGAUUGCUUCGAUGCUGCUGUGAUGGUUUUUCCCCCAUCCAUCUGUCAGACGCACGCAGCGGAACGGAAAGUUUGCAUCAUUUUCCACACAUCGUUUUACCUUAAUCUCACCGUGACAUCUCGCUCUGGCAUUCCCUGUUUGCCGGCCCACCGUCCGGUCGCAUUGUCUCGUUUUCGCGUACCGUGUCCAAAAAACACAAACUUCCGUCUCGUCAGACUGACAGAAGAUCACAGCAGGAUGAUGACAACCGGCGGCGGGAGAGAAUAAUGGAAAAAGUGCGUGCCGAGUCAUGGCCUGCUUUUUUGCUGUUUGUAACCAGAAACCAGAGAAGCGAGAGAAAUUGUCAAUAAAAUGGAUUUUGAUUAUGAAAUUGUGUGUGAAAAGUAGUAGGCACAACACCACCAACCAUUUUUCCGAAAACUCCUCCCCAUUAGCUAUGCUCGCUGGCAGCAGAUUGGCCGUUCAGCUGUGACGGAGACUUGACUGACGGCUGACUGCUUGGAUGGCAACCGAGAGCAAGAGAGAGAAAACGCGCGACUGACACGCCCCUUUUCACGGGCUUCGCCUGCAUGCACACCACUACACAGCGCGACGUACGCACUGGCUCUCGGUUUUUUGUGUGUUGGUACGCCUGGCUGGCUGGACGUGAACCGCGCGCGGUUUUGUUUGCAUUCGUGUUGGUGUUGGUGCAAGCAAGGGCAGGGUUGAGCAAUCGCGGCGCGAGAGAGCGCAUCGCGUGCUUCCACAGAUGAUCGCCGCAGUGUCCGAUGAACGGAGGAAUAGCCCAAACGCGAAAAUUUCUUGCUGCCGCUGGUCUGUUGUCAUCGUCGCCGCCGCCGUUGUCGUUCUGGUAGUCGUAGUAGGCCGCCGAUUUCAAUGUUUUUCGCGCACAACCGUGGAUAAUUUUUCGUUGUUUACAGAGAAGAAGUUAUACGAUUGAUUUGUGCAAGCGCGAGCGCCCCUUGGUGAAUCCGUCAAAAGUGUCAUCGCGGUUGACAGCAAAUCGCCCGUAGAAACGUCACUUUUUCUGACCGGGGGUCAAACCCGUCUCCAAGCCAACGUUCAUGCGUGCGGUGUAGGUGUAUGUGUGCGUGGGUGUCAUUCAUGCAGAAGCAAUCCUUUUUCGUACAAGGACAUCGGAAAUACGUACGGUCCUUUCCGGUUCGUGGUUCAGUGAUUAAACGGGCGUGAAAGUGUUCAUCCAUGGAUUUGCUCUGGGUAAUAAACAGUCGAUUUGUGGGAUUUACACCGGAAUAAAACUUAACAGUGCAAAAUAUGUGUGUCUAGUGCGCCAAUGUGUGAAUCACAGCAAGCCAAAUACCUCAUGUAGUGUGAAAGCAUCGUAACAAUCGACGACAUCCAGUUCUAGAUGAAAGUAAAAAUCUAUUGUUUCUAUAUAGGAUGAGUGCCUUACAGGACCAAAAGCAGGAAUGUCGAUGAAUGUAGAGAACACAUCGCAACUAAACCAAUAGUACAAAACUAUAUCGAAACACUAUUUUAAACAUCAAAACCGUUAAACGUGAAUAAAACAAUUCUACAACAGAAGAAACCUCAGAAACGUCACUUUUGGCACUCUGGAUCUCGUGGAUAACCGCAAUCAUAGUAGGCAUCGUACGUUUACACAAAUCAACAUCCAAGUUGGAUUCGACCGGCGGAGAUUUUAGCAGCACCGAUUUGCUGCACCGAUUCGGCAACAAAGCGUUGCCGUUCGUGGGCCAUCCACCGCCUGCCCAGUUCUACCAGUCUCCGCUGACAUUGCUCCAGCCACCGGCCACGUCCUCACCGACGCCGCAGUCCUCUCAGUCGGAAGAUACGCGAAAGGCCACAGCAGCAGCCGCCGCCAUCAAGAUGGAACCAGUUGGACAAGAAUCUGAACUGGGAUAUCUUCAAGAAAACACAGCUCAACAGUACGGCGAAGUGAACCAGCUGGGCGGAGUGUUCGUCAACGGUCGGCCCCUUCCCAACAGCACCCGGAUGCGAAUCGUCGAACUGGCCCGGCUCGGCAUCCGACCCUGUGACAUCUCCCGCCAGCUCCGGGUCAGCCACGGGUGCGUCUCCAAGAUACUAGCACGCUACCACGAAACCGGAUCCAUCCUGCCGGGUGCCAUCGGGGGCUCGAAGCCCCGCGUCACCACCCCCAAGGUCGUAACGUACAUCCGCGAGCUCAAACAGAAAGACCCGGGCAUCUUCGCGUGGGAAAUUCGCGAUCGGUUGCUGUCCGACGGCGUUUGCGACAAGAACAACGUCCCCAGCGUCAGUUCCAUCUCGAGGAUCCUGCGGAACAAGCUGGGCAACAUCACGCACCACCACACCGGAAGUCACACGCCGCACACGCCCCACCUCUACAACUCGAUCUACCCCUCGUACCCCUACACGACGGCCAACUCGCUCAAGUCGGAAAUGUCCUGCGGCGGCGGAAGUCCGUCGCCGCCGACGCCGGGAGUGACGCCGAUCCGGUCACCUCACCACCACCACUGUUGGCCCUCGUCCCACUCCGUCACCGACAUCCUGGCCAACGUGCACCAUCAGGCGGCUGUGGCGGCGCUUCGCAACGGUGGCAACGUGCCGACGUCCCAGUGCCACACGACGCCACCGCCGCCGUCGCUGGGUUCGGUGGUGCCGAACAUGGCCGCCGCAGCCGCCGCCAACAUGCAGCACCAAAUGCAGGACAGCGGCCACCACCACCAGUCGCCCAACUCGUACAACUACUACAUGUAUCUGCAGAGCGGCGGAAUGCACCACGGCGGACUGGCCAGCGCUUCCGGGUUAUAGGACGCCGCCGACGUCGGUGGCAUCGGGGGGACGAGGCCGUCGGUGUCGGCCUCGCUGUUCGCUCAGAGUGUGCUGUUCUAGGGAUGGCAGGCAGGAUGGCAGGACACGGUGUGCUAGGUCAAAUUUUUCGGAAUGCGAGCGCGUGGGACAAACUGCUGUUCAAUUAGUGUGUAGAUAAGUGUUUUUAAUAGGUUUUUACUUAUUUGGAUGCCGGUUCUUGAGGACACCAGAGAAUGAAAUGGAACGGGAGGGAGUAAGGAUGCUGGUUAAAAAGUGAAAGGGGAAUAUUGGGAGUGGGGAUCUCUUGGGAAAAGAAUUAGUGAGAAGAAAACUUCAAAAAACCAGUGCAAUAUGAACCGUUAGGAACCAGUUGAUUUGUCUCAGUUUAUUUAGUUUUAUUAUUAGUGAUAACUCAGAAUUGUGAUUGUUUGGUUGGAGUAGUUGUGGAAAUCACGAUCGAUGCAAAAGUUAUGAUUAUGCUACGUUAUCGAAUUUUACAACGUUAUGCGAGGUACACACUUCAAACGGAAUCGCUCAAGUAAUUUUCGUUCAGUGCAUUAUUUUUCCGUGACCGGAAUGAUCAAGAAAUGUAACACAGCAAGCCCCAUUUGAUUUGACGUUUCAUUUCAGCUCCGUACUAGGAUCCGGAAUAAAGCGACGCUUCCUUAUUUCUUGAGCGAUCCCUGGCCUAAAUUUUCCACGCAUCGAGAUAGGCCAAGAAAUUUCUUGCGAUCUGCAUACUACCAAAGAAUAAAAAUAGAAAGAAUGCCUUCUCUCGCUAUUUUCUAUGUAAACGUCAAGUGACAAGACAAGUGGCGCUCUCUAAUCGUUUCAAGGUGGAAGCUCUAUGUAACAGUGUUCGUGAUUUGUCAUAAGAGAAGGUGGUGUGCGUAUGUUUUGGUAUCCGCAUUCAAUCAGUAACGCACACUACCGCAUGAAGGUUGAGCUCUCAUCCGCAGAUAGCGCUGCAGUAGUGUCCACCCGAGCAUCAGCGGAGUGGGCUUUCUUGAUAUUCUUAUUCUUUGGUAUAAUGCACCUCAAAUUGUGAGUAUUAAACUACCCUCCUGGAAAAGCCCUACACUGAACGGUGGCUUGCGGUGAAAAUUACUAUUCUGAGGGUCAAUUUAAAUACACAACGCCACUAAAUUUGUGCAGACUGAGUUUCGUUUCAAUUCAACAGAAAUAUGUUUUCAAUUCUACCAUGGACUCGAUUUUCAAUUAAAAAAAGUUUCUGUUGGCAACCGGAUUCGAACCAAGAACCUUGAUAUCACCAGGCUCGCACGCUACCACUCGGCUAUCGAAUCGGUUGAUGUUAGAAGAAACAAAACACACACAAGAAGCGUUGGUAGGUCGAUGAUCAUGUUUUGCCAUGGUAAAUUUAAAAACAUUGUUAUGCUUGUCAUUACUGCAAGCCGCCUUUCAGUGUACGAGGACUUCCAGCAGGAAAUCCUGUAACAAUCCCAGUAGGAACUCCUGGAUAAACUUCUGAAGGAAUCCCAGAAGGAAUUUUUGGAGGAAUCUCAAGAGAAACUCUUGGGAGAAUUUCAGGAGGACAUCCUAGAGGUAUCCUAGAAGGACCUCCUAGAGGAAUCUCAUGAGGAACUUCUGGAGGAACCCCAGAAGGAACUCCUGGAGGAAUUCCAGGAGGAACUCUUUGAUGCACCCCAGAAGGAACUCCUGGAGAAAUCCCGGAGGAACUUCUGGAGGAUCUCCUGGAAGAAUCCCAGGAGGAACUCUUUGAGGAACCCCAGAAGAAACUGCUGGAGGAAUUCCAGGAAGAACUCCUGGAGAAAUCUCAGGAGGAAUCCCAAGAGGAACUCCUAGAAGAAUCCCAGGGUACUUCUGGAGAAAUUCCAGGAGGAGCUUCUGGAGGAAUCCCUGGUCUGACUUCUGGGGAACCCCAUGAAAAAAUCUUGGAGGAAUCCCAAGGAAGAACUCCUGGAAGAAUCCCAGGAGGAACUCCUGGAGCGAUUCCCGGAGGAACUUCUGGUAGAAUCCCAGGAGGAACUCCUGCAGGAAUCCCAGGAGGAAUCCUUUGAGGAACCCCAGAAGGAACUCCUGGAGGAAUCCCAGGAGGGACUCCUGGAGGAAUUCCCGGAGGAACUUCUGGAGGAAUUCCAGGAGAAACUUCUGGAGGAAUCCCAGUAGGAACUCCUGGAGGAAUCCCAGGAGGAACUCCUGGAGGAAUCCCAGGAGGAACUCCUGGAGGAAUCCCAGGAGAAACUCCUGGAGGAAAACCCAGGAGGAACUCCUGGAGGAAUCCCAGGAGGAACUCCUGGAGGAAUCCCAAGAGGAACUCCUGGAGGA